UGCAGACAGACAAUCCCUCCAGACUUGGAAGGCAGAAGCCUAGCAACACGACAAAGGCGGUGACUGGGAGAACAGUAGGUUUCAGAAUGUCUCACGACGUUGCAAAUGUAUAUGGUAUUCGUUUACUUUAACGAUAUAUUAGGACGAUAUAUUUGUGCGCGGCGGCUUUGACUUCCGAGACGCGCGUCUCCAAACUUUGUCCACUUCAAAAUACAGGUAGUGUUCAACCUCUCACUCGAACAGAAACCUAAAUUCUCGGACAAUGACAGGUUCAAUCAUUUUUAGCAUUCUCUGUAUUUGGAUGUUUUCACCCAGUCUGUCACGAGGGACCGGGUUUAUCUAUCAGUUUCCAGGUGUGACAUUGCAACGCAUCCACACUGAACACACCGCUGGACCCCCUGCAGGCACCAAUGCGGCUCGCAGGAACUGGUGUCAGUACACAGUGUCGAAGACUGUGUCAUGCCAGGUGCACAACGGGACAGAGAAGCUGGUACAGCGUAUGUUUCAGAGUUGCCGGUGGCCGGGACCCUGUUCUAACCUCAUCAGUUACAGGACCAUUGUCCGGCCCACAUACAUGCUAACGUAUCGCCAGGUGACGGCGUUGGAGUGGAGGUGCUGCCCAGGCUUUAUGGGCGACAACUGCAGAGAGGAAUGUAUGAACUGCACUGGCUAUACUAAUAUGAAUAACAGGCUGAGUAUCCUUGAGUCCAAGAUUGUGUUACUGGAGGAGGCAGGACCACCACCUCUCCCAUUCAGAUACUCCCCAGAUAGGUCUUCAGAUAACGAGGUGGGAGCACCCCAGCCCACCCCCAUGCCUCCCCCCACCAUUGGCCUACCAGGAGCAAGAGGCCCCCCAGGACCAGUUGGACCCCAAGGCGUGGUGGGACCCCCUGGACGCACCGGAGAGACAGGCCUCGAAGGGAAAUCUGGACCCAUGGGACCCAGAGGGCCCCAGGGCCAGCGAGGAGCCCCAGGGGAGAGAGGUGUACCUGGGCCAGCGGGUUCUCCGGGGCCAGCCUCUCCCUUCUCUCACAGAGGAGAUGUGUUUGGUCUGAGGGAGCUGGACCAGUAUGAAGAGUCUGUGCUCCCUUCACGGAAUAACCAGAAAGAUGUGACCGGUCCCCCAGGCCCCAUCGGACCUCCUGGACCCCCAGGCCGGCCUGGACCCACAGGGCCUGCUGGAAACACAGGUACCCCAGGCAGAAACGCUGGGUUUGGUCUCUCAGGCAAGCCUGGGGAUCGCGGACCUAAAGGAGACACUGGUGAAAGGGGACCCCCAGCACACAGGGGAGAACAUGGUCAGCCAGGUGCACCAGGGCCAAAGGGUGAACCAGGAGAUAGCCAGGCUGAGGGGGAGGGGGUGCAGCAGCUGAGAGAGGCUCUGAAGAUCCUGGCUGAGAGGGUUCUCAUUCUGGAGCACAUGAUCGGCAUUCAUGAGAACCCACUAGAACCCGGUUCUGGCCUGGACAUCCUGUCAGACCUGGUGCCCAUGUUUAAAAACAAAAGGGCGGGACCCAAUACCCUGCUCCACUCUCUCGCCACGGGAGACCGGAAGCUGAUUGGAGAGGAAAGAGUGAGGAGGGGGGACAAUUAGAUGCUCAUGCCAAUGGGUGUAGAGCAUGGUUUGUAUAUGAACUGUGAUUGUUUAAGAGACUGAGAUGGACGUACCAUGUGUUCUCUGGGCCAGAGUGUAUGACCAGUCAAUCCUCAUGGAAGCACAGAAUUCCAUCAAUCUGGGCUUUGGGCGACCGAGCGUCUGCAAAAUGACCCCUUCUCUUACUCAGAUUCUUGAAUUUGACCUGUUUAUAAUGUGUGUUUUUUUUUACAUUGACUUUUAGUACUGUUGUCAUUAUCGUAGUCAUGUUAUUCCAAUGUAAUGAUGUAACUUUGGUGCUGGUACUGGCCUCAACGUGUGCAUAUUCUUAAAGUCUAGGUAGCAGAUAAUGGACCCUAUCAGAUAUUUAUGUAGUUGGUGCUGUAUAUGAACUUAAAUACAUGGGUUCUAACUUGAAACAUUAUUUGUUAGUUUACAACUGUACAAUUUAUGCAUAUAAAAUACACAAAGACAGACGGGAAAUGUACAGUUGAAGUCGGAGGUUUACAUACACUUAGGUUAGAGUCAUUGUUCAAACACUCCACAAAUGUCUUGUUAACAAACUAUAGUUUUGGAAAGUC